AUGGCCGAUGUAGAGAGUGCGGGCAGCACGCCGCAGGCCGACCGGCCACGAAAAAGGCGUCGGCGCACCAUGGCGUGCACUCAGUGCCGCAGUCGCAAAUUACGCUGCGACCGCGAAUACCCAACUUGCACCCGCUGUAUGAAAAGUCGGACGCCAAGCAAAUGUACCUACGAGGAUGGCUUCUUAUGGCAGCAGCCGACCACCUUGACGCCAACGUCAGUCUCAACAAACAGGACAGUGGGAGCUUCAGUACACGCCUCAGUCGCUCCUCGCACCGAGCAGACAGGCUUGGUUAAUGUUGAAUUGACUCCGAGCCUGGGUCGCGAGCCAGCAUUGGCUCGGUCGGAUGCUAUGCUUUCAACAGUCGCGCCCAACUCGGGGCCAAUUGCUCAUCCCGAAGAUGCUCCAGAACAGGAGCGCCGUCCCCAGGGCAAAGAAAAGGGUUUUCUUGAAACGGUUUUGGGGGCGCCAAAAGCAGCCGUUGACCAAGAGCCGUACAUCAACACCGAUGUUCUACAUCGUUCAAGACGUUCUGGGGUUGAGGAAACACCGCCUCUCUCAACACGGCCCCGAAGACCAUGUGCUGACGACGGUUCAGACAUGGAUGACGUACUAUCACCAUCGCACGACUUGGAUCUAUCGCCGCGCAUUAUGAUGAGAGGCCGAGAUACCAAGACGCGAUUUAGUGGGUCUGGGAUCUAUGCGAACGUGGUCGCUCAGUUUCCCGAUAUUCGUGCAUUUGCCGAAGAAAUUCGGCACGCGAAUCCAAUUCUCUCGCAGGUGCGACCCGACCUAGAGCGGGUGAUCAAGGGAUUGUGGAGACGGCAGCCACUUAAGCAGGCAUUUCCAGACCCUACGAUAGAGUCACUGAUCGCUCUCCUGCCAUCGCGAUCUGUGGUCGAUGAACUGAUUGGGGUGUACUUGACUUAUAUUGAGUCCCUGCACCGAAUCUUCCAUGUCCCGACUUUCCUCAAAGAAUUGGAUGAUUUCUGGAAGAUGGUUCCCAAUCCUAGUCCCAUAGCUGCAGCCUUUGUUGUGCAACUGCUGUUGGUACUUGCCUGUGCAUGGAAUCUUGCCGAUAUGACGAGCUUGCAAGACAAGAGCGCUGUCCCGCUCAAAUGUUAUACCGCCAUCGAAUGGGUGCUGCAUGCUGAGAAGUGGAUUGAGAAUGCUCGCUUUAGGCGCCAGGAGAUUACCACUUUGAGACUGCAAAUUUUGACAAUUAUGGCGAGGAAUUGCCAUGGUAUGAAACGCAGCAAGGCUUGGUUGGCUACAAAUACCCUUGUUCGACAGGCGAUGCUUUCAGGAUACCACAGAGAUCCGGAUCAGUAUGCUCAGAUCUCAGUGUUCAAUAAGGAGAUGCGCCGGCGCAUCUGGAUGACCAUUGUAGAAUUGGAUCUUCAAGUGGCAAUUGAUCGGGGCAUGCCACCUGCAGUCCAACCUUUGGACUAUGACACGCUACCUCCUUUGAACAUCGAUGAUGACGAAAUCCAUCAGAGUUCAUCGGUGGCCCCAGCAGAUCGACCACUGUCUGAUAUUACAGACUCGUCUUUUCAGACCGCGCUCGGUCGGUCUCUUCCACUUCGGCUCAAGGGCUGUCAGCUGAUGCACUCACCCCGCAUCAGCUGUCGUUAUGAAGAGAUCCAACGAUUAGACUGGGAGUUGAGCCGGCAUUUGUCUCAGAUUCCUCGAUGGGAUCACACCGGGGCAAGUGACCUUGUCAAGCAGCAUAAGGUCGCUCUUUGGAAGGCUGCUAUCGAAACGAAGUUGGCACAAACUCUACUCUCCACCCAUACGCCGUUCGCUAUUGAGUCCCAGCGGGAACCUUUGUUUGCACCCUCAGCUCGGUCUCGUCUGGACUCAGCAACGAUGAUACUCUCGACCCAGAAACGCCUGUUCAACACCUCCAAGCCACUAUCGCUAUGCAUGCUUGGUGAAUGGACAACGCAAGCGUUGCUCUCUGUGUGCCAAGUCCUUCAUGCUCAAGGUCAGCGGAACAAUCUGUCCUCUCACCCGAUAUCUUCGUUGUCUCUUCUGCGAAGCUUGCCUGGUCUUUCAGAGUCGCUUGUUUUGCUUGCCGAGACGGCAUUGGUGGCGCUUGAGGACCGAUUUUGGCUCGUCCUGAAGGGCGCCAAGGACUACUUCUUUCUCUCUACACUUGUGGCCCUCGCCAAAGCGAAGCAAUGGCCCGACCAGGCAGAUAUGUAUAAGCACCAGGUAGUCGAACGUAUCCUGCUAUUUGCACAGGCUCUCUUUUCUCGCCAUGCAGGCUGCGAACAUUUGGGCAAACCCGGGAUGGGCAGUUUUCACAACAACCAGGUCUGA